UCCGUCAUCUCGUCCAUACAAUGCGCUUCGUGCUUGGGAAGAUUGCGGCGCAGCCUGCAGCGGCGAACCAUGUGGGUGGCUCUGAUGGCUUUCACUGUGUUCUGCCUUGCCUUUCAGUACGCCGAGGUCCUGCUCGAUGUAAUGGAGACCAGAAAUGGCAAAGGGAGUGAGGGAUUUAUGACCCUUAGGGUCAAUGAGUCAUCAGCGACCUUGCGAAACCCUACCUCUGUGUCUACGCCAGUCAGAGAGGGGCCAACAGCCCCGAGAGAGAUUUACCCCACUGGUGUCAGGCAACAAUUGACUCAAGGUGAAGACAAACCCAAAGAUUCAGGCCCCGACAGUGUCUGUCAGCCCAAAAAACACAUUGUGUUCCUGAAGACGCACAAGACGGCCAGCAGCACCAUCGUCAACAUCCUUUAUCGCUACGGCGAUGCACGGAACUUGACUUUUGGCCUCCCGUUGAACAAGAACCACCAGUUCUUUUACCCUUACCGUUUUGACUCUUCCUAUGUGGAGGGUGUCCGCAGUAAGACGGGGAAGGAGUACCACAUCAUCUGCAACCACUUGAGGUUCAACAAACCUGAGUUGGUAAAGCUGAUGCCUGAGAACACCUUCUACUUCUCCAUCAUGAGGCACCCCGUCACCAUGUUCGAGUCCGCCUUCACCUACUACAAGAGCAUUGAGGCCUUCCACAACUCUACCAGCCUGGAGAACUUCCUAGACCGCUGCUGGUGGAACUACAAACCCCUGGUGGCCGAAAACCAGUAUGCUCACAACAACCUGGCUUUCGACUUUGGCUUCGACAACGACGUCACCUACAACUCAACAGACCUGGAGGCACGCACCCAGGCCGCUGUGGCGUCCGUGGAGCAGGACUUUCACCUGGUCCUCAUCUUGGAGUACUUCGAUGAGUCCAUGGUGCUGCUCAAACACGCGUUGUGCUGGUCCCUGGACGACGUGGUGUCCUUCAAGCUCAACAGUCGCAGCGAGCAGUCGCGUCGCAUGCCGCCACCGCGCAUCGCGUCCAAGGUGGAGGCGUGGAACGCCCUGGAUUGGCGGCUGUACGUCCAUUUCAAUGCCACCUUCUGGAGGAGGGUGGACGCAGAGGUGGGGCGAGAGGAGAUGGUGCGGGAGGUGGGGCGGCUGCGAAGGCGGCGGGAUCAGCUGCAGGCGGCGUGCCUCCAGGACGGCGGCCCCGUGAACCCCGAGCACGUAAAGGAUGUCAAGAUGAAGCCCUUCCAGUACGGGAAGGCUGUUAUCCAGGGCUAUAAUUUAAAGGCAGCUCUGGAAGGCCGAGCCAAGUUGAAGUGCCAGAAGCUUAUCACGCCCGAGCUGCAGUACUCAGACUAUCUGUACAGGAAACAGUUUUAACAUUGACUUUGUGCUGUGCUUCUCAAAGCAAACCAGGUCCAAACCAUUAGGUUGCAUACAGGUUUUGUUCAGGAAAAAACGUCAAAGAUGUACUGUACUGAACAAUAUGCUGAUUAUUUAUUCACAAAAAAGGCCAUGAAGUGGCCUAUUAUAGAAUGCAUAAUAUGUUAUGUAACAUGAAACACAACAAUAACAGAAAAUGCCUUUGUUCCUAUUUUCCUGAAAUUAUACUUGAAUUGAUCACGAGGACCACGAUGGAGGUUUAUCGGUAAUGGGAGUUCGCUGCAGGCAAACCUGUGGGAUUUGAUGGAUCUCCCAAAGCAGAACAAGCAAUUAGAGAUUAAUCGAGAACCCACUAUGUCACUCUCAUGUAUUGGCAUAAUCCAGGGGAUUCUACUUUGAGGAGUCUCAGGGCCUGGACAGAAUAUAAAAAGUAUGCACAGAGCACACUCCACAUUCAGAUUCGGAAAUCAUUAUUGUCUCAGAAAAUCGUCUUUGAUAUAGCUCACAUUAAAAGAAAACAUAUCCACUUAAUCACAUGAAAUAUCAGCACACUAAAUCUACCUGGAGAUGACAUGAAAGUUGAAUGGGAUGUGACAGGUUUGAAACCUUUCUGCUGUUUUUGAAAGAAACAGGCGACGCAUUUCUGAUAAUCAGUUUGAAAACAUGUUCAUCCUUGUUGGAUCCCUCAACAUGGACUCUUCAUGAAACAUUUGCUUUGGGGAGGGGUAACGGUUUAGGCACAGAUACUGGUCAGACAAAAAUAGGAUGUUCUGUUCUUAGAGGGAGAGGAUAACUUAAACAAGAGAGAGCUGAUGCUUGUGGCAGCUAUACUGUACAUGACAUUGUGUUAGUAGAAAGUCAUCCUGUAUAUUAUCAGAGAAAACAAAUUUCUCUAUUGUAGAAUAAUCCAUUCUUUUAAAAUCAAAGCACAAACAAGUUCUAAAUGCUGACGCACUUUUUCAAAAUAAUUUAUAGAAUGUGUUUUACAAGAUAAGCGGAAGCUAUUUAGAUGUGUAGGGAUGAGUUCUAUCGGGAUCAAGAAGUCUUUAUAGAUAUUUAUUUUCCUACUAUUUUCUGUGAUAAAUGGUAGCAAUAGGCACAGAUUGGGCCAAUGCAGGGCAUGGUAUCUAUGUGUGUAUAACACAGUAACAUAACAAAACACACCUAUGCAGAAUGUACUUUUGUAUGUAUCCUCUGCCCCAGUUAUUCAACUUAAGAGACUAAACCAUGUAUACUUUAGGAAAGAUUACUUUGGACAGGUGAACAAAUUGUUGGAGAAGCAAUAUUUUGUAUUUGGGCUUUGGUUAACAUUAAAUCUGUGUUCUGGUUUUGGUUGCUGAAUAAAUACCAGAAUCUAAAGCCUCUUCUCUGGUAACCCUUUUUGAAAUAUUGACGCUCAUGAUAUGUCCUGCAUUACUCUCAUCUUUGAUUUUACAAAACUGUUUCCUCUGUACGAAGGUCUGUGCGCCGUUCUAACCUAUGUCGCAUCCCACAGUUGGAAAAGCUGAUGCCCAAGGACACCUUCUACUUCUCCAUCAUUAUUAUGUUUCUUUUCAGUUACGCAUGAAAAAAAUAAUGAUACAAGCUGCAGGUAACAUUUAAGAGCCUAUUUGAUUCUGAUUUGAUAGAACAGCUAUUUACUAUUAAUCUCUUUUCAAAUCGAAAUCAUAUCAAAGUUAUUCAUCAUAAGUACAGCAGAGAGAUAAACCUAUGGAGAAGUUUGCAAGGUCCACUCAAAAAAGUCCAAAGGAGGGAAAAGAAAAGGGAUAGAGAGAUAGUUCAGAUAAGUAAGCAAGAAAGCAGUUACAAAAUACAAUUAAAGCUGCAAGCCUUAGCAGCCUAAAGCAGACCAAUAAGACCCUGAUAGACCAUUAAGACCCUGACAGGCCAUUAAGACUCUGACGCAGGCCAUGAAGACCCUGA